UUGGCAGAGAUCAGUUUGACGACCGAACCUUCAAUUUUUGUUGUUUUUGUAUUUCCUCGAAGUCGUGCCUUUUUUUCGUUAGCAAUGAUCGAGCCUGAAUCCCAGAAGAACAGGGAGGAGAGGGAGGAGAUGUUCUCGAUAAGACCGGCCUUUAACGCGCCCUGCAAGCUGGGAAACUGGAACGAAGACCUGUUCCUGAAGGAGGAACAGACCACUUUUGCUGCGUACAAAAGGGAGAGGGGCCAGAUGCUGCUUCAGAAGACCAGGAAGAUGUUCCGAAACCUGUCCAGACCGUUGCAGCUGUCUCAUUCUCUGGUGAUGUUGAAAUAUGGGGAAAACUAUCAGAUAGUGGCGCCGGAUAUACCGUGCGAGAGCAGUAGAUCUAAGGUGCGACCGGUGUAUCUGGCAGGUUUGGUUACUGAGAGGGAGAUCGAUACCAGACAGGAGUUUUCUCAUGGAUCUGUUAUUGUGGGGUCUGUGGAUGGAACCCCUUGCGUCAGGAAUACUUUCAGAUUUGUUGGUUGUGAUAGAAACAAAACCGGCGAGCCCUUAAACUACGGCGACCACUUCUACCUGCAAAUCGUCGAUGCUUCCACGGACCCCCUGUACGUACAGUGCGAAAACACCUUCCCCCAGCUGGGCUUCCACCUCAACCCCACCCUCUCCAAGUACACCGACGCCUACUGCCGCUUCAAGAUGCUGCACUUCAACCCAGCCGUGAGGUUCGAGCACGAGGGCUCCUUCGUGAAGGCCAGCGAAAAGGUCGUCAUCCAGAACGUGUCCACUGGCAAGAAUCUGGCCGUGGAGAAUUCCCUGGUCACCACCUUCUUCGGCAACGAGUACGUCAUCAGCUGCCACACCUUCAGGGACACGCACAAGAUGGAGACGGCGGAGAAUAUAUGGAAGGUGGUGGGAGAGGAUCUGCCGAAUAUAAAUGCGGUCGUGAGGGCGGCCAAGGGCGAGGAGGUGCCGGACGAGUUGAUCAAGUGAAUUGGAAAUAAAUGAUCGAUUGU